UACCAUUUCUUGUUCGGCUGGCAACGAAACCAAAAGUGAUUGUUAAGUGCGCGCAUAACCGUGAAGUGUGCCAGUGACUACUUGCCUGCCAAUUCACUAGUCAGUCAUUCUGCCAAUACUACGACCUGUACGCAGAUAUAUUGCCGUGUUCGUUUGAUUGCGGCCCGUAUUGAUACGAAUAUUGAAUAUUGAACAGCGAAAGGGAUUGAUAAUCAAAUAUUCAGUGCACAAAAUUUCAGAAAAAUAAGCAGAUAUGUUGCUAAAAAUUCAAUUGAUAUGCUUUUUGGCGUUGCUGGUCAAGGCGCAGAACUCCAUCGAACAGCUGUCAGCAGAGCCGUCGAGUGAAGUACUUUUUGAAACCUCUCACAAACGUCCUGAUGAAAGUGAAUUCCAAACAUCACAUAAAAUUCCAAGGCAUACUUUUUUGCCAGAUUCUGAUUUAUUGCAGAGUGCCAUGAAUUUGUUACCAACAAAGGAACGCCCAGAACUGAAUCCGGUUUUAAGUGCGCUCAUCAAUGAGGAUGUCAUGAAAAGCAUCGAGGCCAAGCGUGCCAUUGAGAAGGAGGAGUUGGAGCAAAUUAAAGCUGAGCUAGACGCAGCGCGUAAGCAAGAAGAAGAGGUCGAAAAUGCCGAUGUCACUUACGGUGUGUUGACUACAGCGUCGCCCGUUAAGAAGGUUGCACUCGAUGAGGACAUAAAUGUAGGUUUCGUCGAUCAGGCCAUUAACUUGGAUGCUGCCGGUUCGGAAAAUAACAAAAAAUCACGCAUUGAAAUCAAAAAAGGACCAAAUGGUCAAGAUUACGAAUAUGAAUACGUGUACUACUAUGAAGACGAAGAUGAUGCCAAACCAUCGGAGUCACCAGCUAAAACCGAUUCAAGUGAACGUGGCAAGUCUCGUUACAGCAACAUUGAGCGCACCACUGCGGCGCCAACUGGUAAUAGUCUCGUAAGCAACAAGGCUAAGGGUCGCUCAUCAAGCAUAUCGGAUAGCACUGGUGAUGACGUUGAAGCCGAACGGCUACCUGCCAAUACACGUUUCCCCAGCCGAGGCAAAAACGUUGAUGCGCAACCAACACCCGCUUUGGAUUCGCUUGAGAACGCAGCCGAAAAGAAGAAAAUUAGCGUAAAACGGCCCAGCUUGGAAUUAGUUGACAGUGCAACCUUCAACACGGACGAGAAACAAGUGAAGGGCAUCCGGAACAGUGACACCGAAACGAAAUCGGCGAUCGCCAUUGAGCAAGAACAAGCAGCCGCAGCAGCAGCUCAAGCAGCUGAGAAGAAGGAGGCCGAGGAGAAGCAACGACGUCAGCCUACUGUCGGCAGUGAUGAGGAAAAUGUGACUGUUAAGAAUUUGGAUAAUGAGGAAGUAGAACAAACAACUUUAUCAAUGGAGAAGGCAGCAUUGGAUCUGUAUGCGAUUUUAGCGAAUGAAAACUUUAACAUGGACAUGACCACUGAUGCUGAUACAGAGGUUACAACUGUGCUGCCAGAUACCACAAAUUCCGAUGACGAGACCAUGACCACUUUGGUCGAAGAAGAACCCAGCUCAACUACAACCACCACCACAACAACCACCACUGAAGCGACUACCACAACAACAACUACCACCACAACCACACCGGCGCCAUCGCUGUUCGGUGGCAAACGGCCUGGCUUAAAUUCUCCCGGACGUAACCGUUUCAAGUUGAACAAGGGCGGCAAAAGCGAAACUAGCACGACGACAACAACAGAAGCACCAGCGGAGGCACCCAAAACAGGCAAAAAUCGUUUCUCACGUCCAUCAAUCGGCGGACGAGCGCGCCCUGGAGCACGUACCACAACCGCUGCGCCAGCGCCAGCCGAAGAGGAGGAGGAAGUAGCCGCACCCAAAGAAGUCAAGCCAGUGAGCUCAGGUUUUGGUCGUAACCGACCACGCAACCGCUUCAACCUACGCAGCACAACCACCACCGAAAAAUCGGCCAGCGCUGACAGCGAGGAUGCUAAUGAGGAAGCUGUAUCCAGCACGACGGCGCGUUCGCUGCGCGGCGGUCGCCCAACAUUGGGUCUGCGCGGUCGCAGUCGUACUACAACCGCCAAACCAGCCGCAGAUAGUGAGCACAAGGAAGAAGAAGCGGCAGCUAGUGGCAACGAAGAGAAACCAGCGCCUGCACCAGCGAAACCAGCAUCACGAUUUGCACGCCCCGGCGCCAAUCGGCUAUUGCCACGUGGUAAGCUGGCGCGUACCACUGAAGCACCUACAGCUGAUGAUUCCGCAGCCGACAGUAGUCAUCACAAUGAUGUGAAAGGUGAAGCGAAUGGCGAAGAGAAUGCAGAAAAAGCGGCAGAGGCAGAAGCUAAGCCCGCAGCACCACAUGGACUGACUCGUCUGAAGUCGCGUCCACAACUGCACAAGACUGAGAACGCCAAGCCAAAGGCGGCACCAGCGCCAGUGGCGCCACGCAAAGUCAAUCCACUAUUGGCUAAGCGACGUCUGCAACUGGGACACUCCACAACGGAAGCGCCCGCUGAUGAGGAUAACGCCACCGCUGCCGAAGAUUCGAAAACGGAAGAGGAGAGCGCACCAAUCGCUGCUUCCGCUGAUGCGCCUGCCGAUGCUGACAGUGCCAAGGAUGAAACUGACGAUGAUACAGAAACAACAACGAAACAGCAGGCACGCGGUUUGGGACUACUAACGCAAAGAAGGCGUCUGCCACUGCGCAAACCCGGCACUAUCCUGUAAAUUUGUGAGCACCUGUGUGAUGAAUUAAAUCCCAGUGUGAUGGAGCACAACAAUACGAAGCGUCAAACAAACAGCAAAUAGAGCGUAAGCAGCACUCACCUGCUGACCUCACAAUGCAGUCGUUGCUCUCUGCUUGGGUUAAUUUGAAGAAAAAAUCAAAUAUCAAUUAAUCACUUAAUAAUUUUACUAUUUGUUAUUUGUAGUUUGACUUGAAGAAAAUACUCGUUAGAAACACAUUAAUUUGGCUUGAUUUCGGCCACAGUCGAUUUUUAUUAAAUAUUUUAAUAUUAUGUGUGUUUAUCUUUUUUUUUUUGAUAUACUCAUACUUAAUAUUUACGACGCGUAAAAUGCCCUUUUGUACUGCACUGCCCGCUGCCAGUUUUGAGUGUAGUACGUACCCGUAUUUUAAGUGUGUACCUUUUAUUGUAUAAUUUUGUAAGCAUUUAUAAUUACAUACAUACAUAGAUACAUGUGUAACUACAUACAUACAGACAUGUAUACACCAAACAAUCGAACAAAAUUUUAAAAUUAUCAAAUACUAU